AUGGAGGCCCGCAACGCGCCGGAGCACGCGGGGCAGGACGCGCCCAAGGUCGUUCACUCUCCCUUUGGCGGCGAUGGCGGGUCCGCUGCCGAGGCCGGGACGAGGCCGCUCCCGCCCGGGGACAUCGCCGAGCUGUUCCAGCGCGUCAUGAAGAAGGCGACGAGCGUGCACUCCAUGUACCACGCGCUCGCGACGCCAGCGAGUGCGAUGCUCUUCGUCCUCUUCGCCGUCCAGGUCAUGGACGGCCUGGGCGCUGCGGUUGCUCUGUGGGCCUCGGCGCUCGCAGAGACGGAGCCGGCGAGCUUCAUCGGCGGCGCGGCCCUCCACGUGCUCCUCAUCCGCAUCACGGCGGUCGGCCGCGAGGUCUUCCAGGCCCUCGGCGGCGCGUCGCGCACCCUCCUGGUCGCAGUGGGCGCCUGGGCCGUGAUGCGCAUCAAGCACGCGGCGCUCAUCGCCGUCGAGGAGGAGCUCCAGGAGGUCGAGCCGGACAGCACCGUCGAGCACGUCGGGAAGGCCCUCGUCGGCGUGUCGGGCCUGCUGUCCUGGAUCAUCCUGGGCGGCGCCGCGCUGUCCUGCUUCAACGUCCUCGGCGUCGACAUCCGACCCUUCCUCGCCCUCGGCGGUGUCUCCGGUCUCGUGGCGGGUUUCGCGGCGCAGUCGGUGCUGACGAACAUCCUCGCGGGCGUGCAGAUCUUCCUCGCGCGGCCCUUCGCCGUCGGCGAGCGCAUCGAGCUGAGCACCAACUCCGGCGGGCGCGUGAUCGAGGGCGUGGUGAUGCACAUCGCGCCCACGCGCACGGUCCUCCGGAACGACGCGGACUGCCCCGUGUCCAUCCCGAACAAGACGAUCACGGACCUCAUGGUCACGAACCUGUCGCGCGCCAUGACGACCUGGGGCGUCAGCGGCCCGCCCCCCAAACCUGUUGAGGUGCGCGUGCCGGUGCGGCUGGAGGACACCGUGCACGCCAACACCAUCGCGGCGCGCAUGAAGACGUGGCUGCACAAGCACCCGCUCGUGGACCACCGGCAGCCCGUGUCGUGCGGGUGGGCGGGCUUCACGUCGCUGGGCAAGACGGAGCUGAGCCUGCGCUGCGUGCUGGCGCGGGAGGGCGUGCGGAAGUACGGGACGUUCCGGGAGGAGCUCCUCAAGACGCUCCUCGCCGUGCUGACGGAGCUCGGGGCGCAGCUCAGCUGA